UGUAGUUGUGACUUACACUGGUUAGUCGGAUUCGUGACCGUUCGUCAUGCUGGAUUAGUCCCGUAACGGUCGACGCCAAGAGGCCGGCACCAAUCAUCACAGCGCAUCAACAGACUGUGGCGCUCUCCAAUACGAGGCUCGGCCUGCCAUUCUGGUGUUCUUCCGGCCAAUGACCGGAGUCCAUACAGCGCUUCCCCGCGAAAGUCCUCGUCCAGGUCUUUGUUAGCGCCUCAUGCGUGGUCGCAUGUCACCCGGUGAACAGGUUGUGAACCGCAUCCGCCCUACCAAGUGACCAUCGCCAUGGACAUGUUACGCUGGACCCGGCCACAAGUUCGCCCGAGUCGCCCUUGAUGUCGAGAACUUGCAUAAGACCCCAGUGGUCCCAGACUUUCGGGAACCUGACAUCUUUCCCCCAGGCCCAUCGUUAGACCAAGGUAACACUGCUACUACCAGUAUUCAGCCUGUCACUCGUUUGGAAGUCAAAGACUGUCGAGAUGCACUCGCUUGGACUCCUCCUUACCCUUGGGGCUGCUGCGAUUGCCCCGGUCGCGGCCACCGGCAACCACGGUACCACGACCGUGACCGCGCCCCCGGGCCCCGUUACCGGCUGCCCGACCAUCACGGCAACCAAGGAGCAAUGCACCACCUGCCCGCAGCCCGCCUGCCUCGUCCUCAGCACCGUGACGCAGGGCUGCGACUGCCCGGCGCCCGCCACCGUUUACACGUCCUUUCCGUGCAGCGACAAGUGCAAGGGCCUCGGCUGCGCUACCAGCUGGAGCGUGGUGACGGUGACGGGAUGCACCACAUCCACCAGCAGCCUCCCACCUUCAUCCACGUCCAGCAGCAGCACUAGCAGCAAGACGGCCUCUUCUUCUUCUUCUUCUUCGUCAGAUGACUGCACCGAGACCGAAACCACCCACAGCCAGACCAAGACAGCGACCGAAACCAAGACCAAGACGUCCUCGUCAGAUGACUGCGCAACUUUCACAACAAGCACCAUCACCGCCUCCCAAACCCAAACCCAAACCUCAUCGACGGAUGACGGCGAGACCCUGACCGAAACCCGCACCCGCACCCGGACGGAAACCCAUUGCAACAACAACCCCUCCGGCCCUUGCAACCCCACCGGCUCGGCCACGCGACCGCCGAUCAAUCCUACCGGCUCGGCCACCCGGCCUCCCAUCAACCCCACUGGCUCGGCUACCCGGCCUCCGACUACCAGCAGCAUUGUUACCGCGGGCGCGGCGGGGAGGGCGAGGCCUUUCUUUGGGGUUUUCUGGAUUUGAGAGCGGGGGAGGGGAGGG